GGUGUUAUUUAGAAAUGUGUAUUUGUCUGUGCACGACUGCCGACGCAACAUUACUCAAUAACGCGAUUAUAUAUGAUAUAAUAUGUACACCAGAUACAUAACGUCGUAGAAUUAUACCGUGCGCGCUGACGUAAUCGUGUGAUCACAGCGUAAUGCCUGUUUAUUCAAGGAAAACGACACUUUCGAGUUAAUUAAAUUAGCAUUACUCAGGCACUGCCACGAGCUCUGCGACCACCUCUGGCCACACGCCUCAAGGACCCCAACCAACCGCCAGCCCGUGCGUAUCAACAUCAACAAUUGGAGACACAAAGCCGUUAUGGAGUUGCAGGGAGACAUGGGGAUGGUGACGGAGACACUGUGUCCCCCUUGCGUCUCUGCUGAGGCAAAGGAGACAAAGAAAAGGACAAGACUUGGGAAAAUCUUAUCUGAGAUCCGAAGACAGAUUGAGUUCUGGUUCGGAGACACGAAUCUACACAAAGACAAAUUCCUGAGACAAGUUGUUGACGCGUCUACGGACGGAUUCGUCCCGCUGUCCGUGCUCAUGUCUUUUAAUCGGAUGAAGACUCUGUCUACUGAUAUAAACAUCAUCCGAAGAGCUGUGUCUACCUCAACACAGCUCGAGGUGAGCAGUGAUGGCCUCAAAAUUCGUCGCUCAUCCCCACUGGGUCCCAAACCUGAGGACGAAGAUGAGAGAACCGUUUAUGUGGAGCGGUUGCCACACGGGGUAACGCACGAGUGGUUAUCACGAGUCUUCUCCUCGUGCGGCCGUGUCCUCUACGUGUCGCUCCCACGGUUCCGAUCAUCGGGCGACGCGAAGGGUUUCGCCUUCAUAGAGUUUUCUACCAGCGAGGAGGCUUGCAGAGCUGUGCAGAUGUUACAUCAUCCAGUCAACUCAGUAUCUGCUGCAGGGAUAUUCCCAAAAACCCGGAAGAGAAGACCAAUUACAGGAAUUGCUUCAGUCUCCGAUCUGAAGACACAGAGACACAGAGACGCGAAGACACAUGGAGACACGGGGAGAAAAGAGAGACGGGGAGACAUAGAAACACAGACACCGGGAGACACAGGGACAGCAAGGACAAAGGCGACAAAGAGGGGACGGGAGACACGGGGACACAGAGACACAGAGAUGCAAGUGACAGAGGAGCCAGUAACCAGCCUGUCUUCGGACAAGCUUGGCAAACGGAGACACACUCACGAAGAUAAGAGACGCACCAAGAAACAACGUAGACACACAAUUGAGACACGGGGGGACAGGGACAAGGAUACACGAGGAGACGGAGACAUAGAUGCACAGGGAAGAGACAGGCAAAAGGAGACACGGCGAGACAGAGAGAAGGAAACACAGGAACAUGGAGACGGAGAGACGCAGAGACGCAGACAGAGACACAGAGGCAUGCGGAGGCACGGGGACACAGUGGGGACUGUUCUGCCUCACGCGGGGACUCAGGGAGAGAAAGAAGGAGGCCAUCGACUGUGUGUAAUGAGCAAAGAGUCGUGGUUGAAUUUGAGGAGAGAUUUUAUCCAGAGACAAAAGGUGGCGAUGGGAGCCUUAAAGACAACAUUGAGAGAUGCGACGACACGAGAAGCCCCAGUGCAUUCUGGGAGUGGAGGAACAGGAAAUCGUGCCAAGACAGCAGACGCAAAGCACUCUGGGAAAGAGCCACCCCCUUUUGUGAGCGGUGUCAUAGUGAGGAUUUCCUGUGAGAAUGGAUUUCCAGGGAGACAGGAGAUCAAAGGUGCACUGGGAGACACUGUUGUCUACGUAGACGUGUCUCACGGGGACACGGAGGGACACGUGAGAUUCGGGAAGCACGAGGACGCAGAGACGGUCGUCACUCGUGGCGACGUGAGACACGGGGACGACACCUGGAGGCUCGGUGUCCUCACAGGAGAUGCUGAACAGAGAUAUUGGCAGAAGAUUCUCGUUGAUCGACAGGUGAAGAUCAAUCGGCCUCGUGAGAAGAAGAGGGGGACUAGCAAAUUGCUGGAUCGAGUGGAGAAGCUGAUGAAGCAGAAGGCCGAUGUCAUCACCAAACACCUCCGCUUUGAGUUUGAUUGAUGACAUCAACAACAUCUACAUCAUCAACAUCAUCAUCACAUACUUGGCACAGAUAUCUCCAGAUAAAUAAGAACAUCAGCAACAUCGUCACACACAGCAUCGUCACCAUCAUCCACCAAAAUCUCAAUAUGCCCUCUCUGUUUUCAUAAAAAGUUAUGGUUAGGGCUAGUCAAUAGAGGCAAUUAAGUUUAAUGACGAUUAAAUAAAGUACUUCCAUUACUCAAAUUAAUCUCAAUGGGCCCUCCUGUGUUUGAAUAUAGGACGUGAGCCGUGAAUCUAAGUGAAAACUCGAGACCAGGAGUAAUUAAUUUGUAAGAGGAACCUCGAUCACGAAAAAAUGACAAACGCAAUAAAUAAAAGUUACGGCAAUUUAACGAUAGAGACAAUGAAUUGUCAAUGGGCUAUCACAGAGUUAAAUAAGGGACGUCAAUCACCAAAGAUAGAGGUUCAUGGUUAGCAUCUGGUAGGCUGCCCUAGUAAAUACUGGGGUGAAGAUUAACAAUAAGAUACUACGCCCAAUCUGCUUCGCGGUGGACAUUGAGCUCCCAUGAUUUAACUCGAAGAAGAGUAGGCUAUUGUGUGCUGGCCUCAUGGUCCACAUUCACCAGAUUUUAUGAAUUGCACCAAUUACUUGGGGAAUGCGUGGCAAUCAUCGCCCCCCCCCCCCCCCCCUAUUGUGGAUACUCAUCAGCACCCUCCUGAAAAGAGUUGAGACGUGGUGAGGCUUUCCUGGAUAAACGAGCAGAUUCAUGUUAUCUGUGCUAUUAGCAUCUGGAGGACAUUGCAUCGUUUUUUUUUAAAUAAAGU